AUGUCAUUUGGUGAUGCCCUGAGCGAGGUUUUGACGGACAAGGCGACCACUGGUUAUGCAAAUGCAAAUGCGUCCAUCAACUCGAUGAUCGGCGCAGUGUCCUCCUUCUUUGGGCUGGGGAUGAAGGAUGCGCCAGCCAUUGGUGAUGCGCUCCCAGACACCGAGCAGACAGAGCGGGAGGAUUCACUGGAAUCGGACAAGGAAGAUAGUAGUCGUGGCUUUGUGCAGGGGGACGUUGUGGACCUAUGGAGCUACGAGUCCUUGGAAUGGGAGUUGGGUGGAACCGUGAGUCAGGUGCUUUCUGCGCCCCUGUCGCUCGUGUCAAUGCAGCUACCAGCCGGGUCCAUUUUGGUGUCGCUGAAGGGCACUUUGAGGUGGAUCACUCCCGAACUCUGCAGUCUUGCAGUCCGCCGUUCCGCCCUGCCAAAGCCUCUGAAAGCCGAUGAGGAUCUGCAUUUCCAGGAGGGUGACCAAGUCGAAAUGCGCGAUGUGCAUGGUGCUUGGCAACCAGCGUUGGUCACUGCAGUUGCGACCUUCAACUCCGAUUCGAUCCCUGCUGGGUCUCUGACAGUUUGCCUGCAAGCCAGUGCUCGAAGUUGCACCAUCAUCCCAGAGAUGUUUGGGAAGCUGGUGCGGAAGCCAGUGGCCAUGGGCAGGAAGAGCACAGAUGGAAGUGCCAAACAUGAUUCGGAAGAUGUGGAACGAUGGAAUCCGGACACAUACCUCCAGGGAGACCCAGACAAAGAGAGGUCUGAUGCUUCCGUUGGGCGGGUUUCAUCAAUUGCAUCAUCUUGCAAGCGAGCUGCUUCAACCGCGAGUCAGUGUCAUUCGAGUGCAGGAGAGGUUCAGAAAGCUCUGUCAAGUCAUUCAUCAAUCAGGGACGACGACAGAGUCAGCAACUGCCACUCCGAUCCGCCUGACAGUGUUGCGAGCCAGCAGGUGAUUGCCACACCGAUGAACACAUCACCCAGACAACCGGACUCAUCAGACGACAACGAUGACAUCAAUGGUGUCAACAAGACGUGGUCAGACCAUGCAUCAUCUGAAGUUGAUAAGGAAAAUUCAGCAGACUUAGUCUCCAAGCGCCAUGACCUACCAUCCGGCAAGUUGGAUGUGAAAGCCGACAUUGAAACCGAAAAGCCGGAGGACUCAAUGAGCAAGUCACCAUCUGAUGGCACCACGGCCAGCGGUCAACUUACCCCGCACCUAUCUGUGAGUGCCUCCCCAUGUGCCAGUCCUGCCACUAUGCCACAGCCUGCACCCAGACGUCCAUCGGCCACGUCUGCCACGUCGGCGACGUCGGCGACCUUCCUGGACGACCAAAGGCCACCCAGUCCUGCAGGAAGCGUCCACUCAGUGCGCCCCACAGUGAGUCUACGCAUCCCAGAUUUGGAGGACCGACCGUCGCGGCCGAACUCACCAUGCACCACACCAAGGAGCUGUCGGUCUGCAAGGGUAACUUCAACGGUAGAAGGCCCUGUCUACGACCGUGCUGAGAAGCGAGUAUUGGUGGUGGGUCCUGGCUUUGGGCGAGAGCUGAAUCCACAACAAGGCCAGAUGUUGGACUCCGCUGGCUUCCAGGUCCGCUGGGUCUACAACUUGCCGAACCCAGAGACGCCCUGCUUCCCCAUUCAGCAGUUCCUUCCAGUGCUGAAGCAGGCCAUCGACGAGUUCCAGCCGCAUCUCUUGAUUUGUGCCUCCAAAGGCGGUGCUUACGCCACGGGCCUCUGGAAGGCAGGGCUCUGGGACGGUCCUACGCUGCUCAUCAACAGGCAUCCGACCUUGACAGAACUCCCAAAGGGAAGCGUUGUUGUCUUGGCGCAUGGCUCCAAUGAUGAGUACUACAAGUUUCGCCGGGAGGAUCUGGAGGCUCUCAUGCGUUCAGGAACACCAAACAAGUGCUACCUGUACUACACUGCAAACAGCGGCAUCCUGGGUCGUGGCUAUACCCGUCAGGGCGACAAACAUAAUAUGGAGUCCCUGAAGCAGUGGGACACGCUGCCGCGGCUGUGCGAUGCCGCCAUGACUUUGGAGAGUCCCGAGCUGCAGUUGAUGAGAUCCUGGCGAUCCAUGCUGACCCAGGAGCGGCUUGCUGCCGAGGACUGGCUGGGCUAUGUGCCUGGCGUGCGCCGGCUGUGGGAGUCCUCGGAGCAAAAGGGCAUGGACGACCAAAUCCUGUUUGAUGUGCCGCAAGGAACGGAAGAGUAUGAGAAGGUUGCGGCCCUCUUCCGUUCUCAGCCUGCAGUGCCACGCGCAUACGCUCCAGCUUGGCCGGGCUUGUGGCAGCCUGACCAAGAGCCAUUGGUGCUUGGCGAGCUUGCUGCACUGCUCGAAGAGAUGCUGGCGAAAUGUUUAGGCUAUGCAGCCCCCCGGGAGGUCCUUCGAACGCGGCGGGCGUCUCAGGCGAUCUUGGCCCGAGUGGAGGAGUGUCUUCCCUCGCUGCCCACGCACACGCUGGAUGGGGAUGGCACCACCUUGCUUCACCUGGCCUGUGGCGUGGGCCUUUUCGACCUGGCUGUGCGGGUCCUGGAGCGUCGCGCUGAUGUGGCUCUGGAGCAUCGCUACUUCGGCGCGCCGUUGCUGUUGGCCGCGGAACAAGGCCAUGUGGAUGUGGCUCGCUUACUCCUGGACCGCUCCGCGGAUGUGAUGCAAGGAACAGAGAAAACUGCUUUGAGCCCAGCCCAUGUUGCAGCUUCGCGGGGGCAUUUGGAGAUGUUGCAGGUGUUGCUGGAUGCAAGGGCAGAUGUGCACAUCCCCAAUAGUGCUGGUGCAGUUGCCUUGCACUGUGCUGCUGCCAAGGGCCAAGACAAGUGCUGCCAGCUGCUGCUGGCGAAAUUGGCGGAUGCCAACUGCAGCUGCCAAGAUGGCAAGACUGCUUUGCAUUUCGCCGCCUUUCAAAGUGUGCUUGGACCAGCUGAAGCUCUGUUGAACGCCAAGGCAGAUGUGAAUGCCACCGACCAAUUUGGGCAUACCCCACUGGUUUUUGCUGUGCGCGAGGGGCAUGUGGAGGUGGCAAAGCUCUUGCUGCAACACCAGGCAGAUGUGAACAGCAGCUCGUUGGAUGGAGCAGUGCCAUUGCAUGUGGCGGCUGAACGAGGGCACGCCACUUUGCUUCGGGUGUUGCUGAGGAUGCGAGCUGACGUUCAUGCAAAGGGCUGCGAUGGUCUCACAGCACUGGAUAUUUUGGCCAUUGAAGGAAACAAGGAUCUGGCCGUGCUCCUCACAGACUUUGGAGCCACAUCUGAGUUCACAGGAGUUACUUUUUAG